AUGAUACGAGUUGGGAAUCACGUUGUUAUCCAGAAAAUGGGAGGUGAACAUUUACGCGUGUGUAAAAUAUCGCGGAAAACUAAAAUUUUGAUCGAAAAAUUACGAUUUGAAAUUGAUGGCGCAAUUGAUCAACCGUUCGGACUGUUUGAGGUUUCUGCGGGAAAAUUGACACGUGUUACACCAGAAAGUGUUGCGGAUAUUGCUGCUACAUUCGAUUUUGAUACAGUUGGCACAAGUUCAUCAUCCAAAUUAAAUGGUAUCAGUAGCACAACGAAUAAUAGACGAUCAUCAGCAGAGGAAGCAAGUAGCGAUAAUGCAGCACAAACAAGGCAGAAAGUGACGCAGGAUGAAAUAAUCAAAAUGAAAGAUACAGGCGUACCAGCGGAGCAGUUGAUAGCAAAAUUGGUCGAUGGUAGUGCAUCAUUUUCCGAACGCACGGUGUAUUCACAAAACAAAUAUAUCAAUAAGAAAGCAAAGAAGCAUUCAGAUCACGUUUAUCUUUUAAAGCCAACUCUACGCUUAAUCGCUGAAUCUUACUAUAAGAAAGAUCCUGAAAGAGUCGCACAUCUAAGAAUCGAUUUGUUAUCUCAUCUGUUGGCUCUUAGUGGCAUACACUACGGUUCACGUUGUGUUAUCUUUGAACAAUGUUUGGGUUUGCUAACGUCAGCCGUGUUAACACGUUUGGGUGGGUCAGGUGCUUGUAUCCAUCUACAUCGUGGAAAUAUAGCACAAGCGAUUCCGUGUGUUGAUAGUAUGGAUUUUGAUAAAGAGAUUACUUCCGUAUUUUUGCCAUUGUGCAUAUCCAGUUUGUUGGAAAAAUCUAUGGAGGAAACUGAAGAACCUAUGAAUUUUGAUGCAAAAGAAUUUGUCACAGUGGAAGCCUGCAAUAAAAAUCAGGAAGCAGUAAUUGGAGUGGAUGAAGAAGAAAGUUUGUUUAAGAAGGAUGAAGAAACAGAAAAGUAUCAGAAGAAGAACGAUGAGGAUACUGCAUAUAAUGAUGAUGACGAGAAGGAUGAAUCAGCAGUUACUGAUAGCUCGCUAGAAAGAAGAGCUGAAAGACAGCGCUUGCAAAGACAGGCUUGGCAUUUAAUGCAAAAUGGUGAAAUUGAAAUAUUAUUUAUUGCUAGUAAAAAUAUCAAUCCGGUGGAAAUUCUGGAAAAAACAUGGUCAUUUUUGCGUUUAUCAUCGACAAUUGUUAUUUAUUGUCCAAUCGCUGAGCCACUAUAUUCCGCAUAUCACUGGUUGAAAGCAAAGCAUGCGGUACAAGUACACGUUGUGGAUGCUUUUUAUCGUAGUCAUCAAAUCAUACAAGAUCGUUCUCAUCCGAUUAUGCAACAAUUUAUCACCGGUGGUGUUAUUCUUUCUGCAAUUAAAGUGGAACAGAAAUGA